AUGCGUCAUCUAUUCAUUCUUGUACUUGUGCCAGUAAUCUGUCAAGCCAUUGAUUUGCGCUCACCUUGCAAUGAAUCAGUUGAUUUGGGCGAUGCCGAAUGCGAUAAAACCCCAUCUAUAAGGUACUAUAUGGAUAACGAAACGCUUUCAUGCCUUCCAUUUAAAUAUAGUGGAUGUGGCGGAAACGAGAACAACUUUGAAUCCACUAGUGCCUGCCAUUUCAAAUGUCUUCCAAUGGAUUUUCUCAGCUGUCCGGCCAACAGGCCACCUGUCAAGAAAGCGGAUGGGUCACCGAGUUGUAACCAUGAGAUGAAAUGUCCAGCAGGAUCAACAUGCCAUAAAGGGUAUAUCGUUGGGUUAUGUUGUGACAACAAAGAUGCUGAGAAAUACCGUGCCGAUCAGAAGCCGGACUGUGGUCACAAAAAGGUGGUUACCGAAAAAUAUUAUGGAUUCCCUAUGACAUUACUUGGCAAGGAUUGCGAACACAACUUUUGCCCUAAAGGAUCCGAGUGCCGACGUGGGCAUUUCUAUUCGUAUUGUUGCAAAUAA